UCUGCUCCAUCGAUCUGCAGAGGCGCACAGAGGAACUUCUACCGGACGUUGGAGACAAUUUCUGAGUUUUAGGUUCUUUAGGAGGAAUGCAAAGAGAGGGAUUCACUGUUGGAACAUGUUACUGGGCAAUUUGGUAGUGGUUGUGUUCUGCCUGUGGGGUUCUGAGGUCAGCAGAGCUUAUGUGUUUCAAGCCAGCCGACCUGCAGAGGGAGGAGACAUGCCACCCCCUCUCACUAAAGUCACCUCAGAGUGGGUCAGCUCAGCGGGCUCCUGUAAGGGGAGGUGCUUCGAGCUGGAGGAGGCCAAACCUCCGGGAUGCAGAUGUGACAAUCUGUGUAAAACCUACUACAGCUGCUGCAUCGACUUCGACGAGCACUGCCUGAAAACAGCGGGAGGUUUCGAGUGCACACAGGAUCGCUGCGGAGAGACGAGGGAUGAUGAGCACGCCUGCCACUGCUCAGAGGACUGCGUGGAGAGAGGAGACUGCUGCUCCAACUACAAGUCGCUCUGCAAAGGUGAGACUUCAUGGGUGCAAGGAGACUGUGAGGAGAUCAAGAGCGCCGAGUGUCCCGCAGGCUUCAUCCGUCCUCCCCUCAUCAUGCUGUCUGUUGACGGGUUCAGAGCCUCCUACCUGAAGAAGGGCAAAUCUGUAAUCCCCAACAUACAUAAACUCAGAUCAUGUGGUACGUCGUCACCCUACAUGCGACCCGUCUACCCAUCAAAGACCUUCCCAAAUUUAUAUACUCUAGCCACAGGUCUUUACCCAGAGUCUCACGGGAUUGUGGGGAACACCAUGCAUGACCCGGUGUUUAACGCCACCUUCAGCCUGCGCACCAGAGAGAAACUGAACCACCGCUGGUGGGGCGGGCAGCCUAUCUGGAUCACAGCAGAAGAACAAGGAGUGAAAGCAGCCACUUUCUUCUGGCCUUGGGUGAUUCCUUUGGAAAGGAGGAUUUUAACCAUCCUGCGUUGGCUGCAUUUGCCUGAUGCUGAGAGGCCGUAUGUUUACGCCGUCCACUCAGAGCAGCCUGACACCUUCGGACAUCGACUAGGACCGCUCAGCAGCGAGCUGGACAACCCGCUGAGGGACAUCGAUAACAUCAUCGGUCAGCUGAUGAACGGUCUGAAGCAGAUGAACCUGCAUCGCUGUGUCAAUGUCAUCAUCGUAGGAGACCACGGUAUGGAGGAGGCCCACUGUGACAGGACAGAGUUUCUCAGCAGCUACCCGCUCAACAUAGACGAGAUCACGCUGAUCCCCGGCUCGCUGGGCAGAAUACGACCCCGCGACCCCAAAUCCACCACAUAUGACCCCAAAGUUGUGGUUGCAAACCUCACUUGUAAAAUGCCGACUCAGCACUUCAAGCCGUACCUGAAGCAAGAUUUACCCAAGAGGCUUCACUACGCCAACAACCGCAGGAUCGAGGACGUCCACCUGCUGAUGGAGAGGAAGUGGCACAUCGCCAGGAAAAUGCCAGAAAAAUUGAGGACUCGGUGUGGAUUCUUUGGUGACCACGGCUUCGACAACAAGAUAACCAGCAUGAGGACGAUCUUCAUGGGCCAUGGUCCGAGCUUUAAGUUCCAGAAAAAAGUGCCAGAGUUUGAAAAUAUAGAAUUAUACAACGUCAUGUGUGACUUGUUAGGACUGAGACCGGCCCCAAACAAUGGUACAUACGGCAGCCUGAACGACAUGCUGAAGGAGCCGCCGUACCAACCCACCAUGCCAGAGGAAGUGACGCCUCCGUCUCCCGUGUCUGACUCUGGUCAGAUCACUGUGACCCAUGACCUCGGCUGCAGCUGCGACGAUGAGAACAAAGUGGAGCAGAUCAUUGGAGGCUUUGGUCAUGCACCAGAUGGACUCUACAGCUACAACAGCACUCAUCUGCCGUUUGGUCGUCCAGCCGUGAUGUUUGACACUCACUACAGUUUGCUUCAUCACGUGGAGUUCAUCAGCGGAUACAACAAAGAGCUGGCAAUGCCUAUGUGGACGGCAUACACACUGCCACGACAGGAGGACAUCACUCCGGUUCCGGAGGUUUCUGCCGGCGCUCAGUGUGUCCGAGUCGACUUCAGAGUCUCCGCUGAUCACAGCUUGAGCUGCACCGCCUACAGCCAGAACAACCACCUCACCUACGGCUUCCUCUUCCCCCCAGAGCUGGCGUCGUCUCCUGAGUCCAGAUACGACGCUUCGCUCAUCACCAACACUGUGCCCAUGUACCCGGCCUUCAAGAGAGUGUGGACUUACCUGCAGGGGACGCUGCUGAGACGUUACGCCGAAGAAAACAACGGCAUCAACGUUCUCGCUGGACCGAUCUUUGACUACAACUACGACGGCCUCCGCGACACCACAGAGAAGAUAAAAGAGUCCGCGGCCGACGCUCCACCUGUUCCCACACACUUCUACACGGUGGUGACGAGCUGCCAGGAGCUGAACCAGACGGUGGAGGAGUGCGACGGCGCGCUGAAGGUCUUUUCCUUCCUGCUUCCUCACAGACCGGAUAAUAGUGAGACCUGCAAUAGUGCCGACGACGAGUCACAGUGGGUGGAAGACCUGCUGAAGCUUCAUACGGCCCGAGUCCGAGACGUGGAGAUCCUGACUGGCCUGGACCUCUACCGAAUCACCAACCUCACCUACACCAGCACCCUGAGCCUCAAAACCUACCUGCACACCUUUGAGAGUGACGACUAGACGCACAGAGAGACAGACACGUACAUACAGGAUGUCGCCCUUUGUAGAAGUCCUGCAUUUUCACUGCAUCCUGAGGAACUGCCUGAGAAUUGCUUGGAAAGGGGAACAUAUUUUUGAAAAAUUGAAAAUAUUAAAAAAGAAUGGUUUGGCAAGUAGUAGUUUGGAAGAUUACAACAGGAAUAUUCAAUUUUAUUCACAAAAAUCUGAGGAAGAAUAAGCUAGCACAGGAAUGAUGCAGGAUGGGGGACUUUUCCGACAGCUGCCACAAUACAUUUCAUAAAUACAGUAUGUACAUCCUCAUGCGCACGUAUGACCUUUCUGGUGUUUUAGCUAUUUAACUAUAAAUGAUAUGUACUUUAUAUUCCUAAUGUUCGUCCAUUGCAUGCUGUAGAAUUGAACAAUUUUGAAUUUGUCUUUUCUUAAUUAUAUAACUCAAUUAGUAGACUCUUGAAACUUGCUUUUGUUGUAUAACUGAUCACAAGGAAUAUUAUCAAUGUGAAGUAACACAAUGUGGACUUCUCAUAGCAAACUACUCUCAAGCUAAUCUUAAAAUUAGAUCUUCAAGCUGUGUGGAAAGAAACAGAAGCCAAUAGCUGCCUGAAAAGUUGGGGAAAAUACAUGAAGAAAUGUCAAAGGCUACAGCAUGGUUUCCAGUAGUGCAAGUAUUUAUCAUUUGUAGCUAUGGGCAAAAAACAUGCAAAAUUGUUGGGCUGGAUCUGUGAAGGAAUAGUUUGGCAUUGUGGGAGUAUUUGCUUUCUUGCUGAGAGUUAGAUGUGAAAAUUUAUGCCAUUUUCAUAUCUGUUCAUUAGAUAUGAGGCUACAGCCAGCAGCAGGUUAGCUUAGCUUAGCACAAUGACUGGAAACAGGGUCAAAACACCUAGCAGCACCUCUAGAGCUCACUAAUUGUGUCUCGUUUAUUUAAUCUGUUCAAAAACCGAGGCAUAAAAACAACAAUUUACUGUUUUACAGGGUGUUAUGUGCUUGACUAUUUCUUGGCCGGGCGCUAGCUGUUUCCACCUACUUCCAGUCUUUAUGCUAAGCU